AGGCUUAAAAGCCAAUCUACCCCACCAAGUAUUAAUAAACUGUUGCAUAAAAGGUUUGUUAGUUGUAUUUAGAAUAAUAGGGUGUAUAAACUUUGAGGGGGCAGGCCACCAGUUUGGUAUUCCUCGUGAGAGAAAUGAGAACAUCCUCCUUUUUGCUUAUCAACAUCAUCAUUUUCAUUGCUUGUAAUUUGUCACAGAGGAUUCAAGUGAAUUCUCAAGCUGCAGCGACAGAUUCAUGUGCCUCUAAUUUCGACCUCAAGGGACAACUGACCUUUGAUACCUCUUCUCUCGUCUGCCGCUCUGUCUGGGAUGCUCAAGGUUUCAUCCUUAGAUAUGAAGAGUCGUCACCAAAUUUAUGGAGCUUCGUACUGUCAGCUCCAAACACAAAUUCAUAUAUUGGAAUGGGGUUUUCGCCCAACGGUAAGAUGGUUGGGUCAAGCGCAAUCGUAGGGUGGAUAGGAGCUGAUGGGGGGAGUAUGAUCAAGAGAUAUCAUCUAAGUGGACAAACACCAACACAGGUUGUGCCUGAUCAAGGAAACUUACAAGUCGUUGGAAAUUCAUCUUCCCUUGUAUCUCUAUCCGGACGUUUGUAUAUUGCCUUUCAGCUCAACACCAGCCUGCCGGAAUCUCGAAUUCUAUACUCUGUUGGGCCGGCUGGAAGGUUGCCCGUUGGACCUGGAUUUCAGUUGGCGGAGCAUGAUCAGAAGGUGUCUACUCUUUUGAAUUAUGCCUCGGGUGAAAGUAAAACAAAAGGAAGUUCAUCCUCAAACCUGAAGAAGAGCCAUGGAAUAUUGAACAUGUUGGGAUGGGGAAUAAUCAUACCAAUAGGUGCUAUGGUUGCCAGAUAUAUGAAGCCAUGGGAUCCAGUUUGGUUUUAUUCGCAUUCACUCCUCCAGUCGCUCGGUUUUCUGUUUGGAGUUUCAGGCAUUGUGUGCGGUUUUGUGUUGGAGAAUCGUCUUGGGGUUGAUGUUGAUAAACACAAGAGCCUCGGGGUCUUCAUCCUAACUCUCGGCUGUCUCCAGGUUAUUGCCUUUCUGGCGAGAGCGGACAAGGAAUCCAAAGUGAGGAAAUACUGGAACUGGUAUCACUAUGGUCUUGGAAGGGCUUUGAUAAUACUGGCAGUAGCCAAUGUAUUCUACGGCAUUCAUCUAGGCGAUGCCGGAUCUGGAUGGAACGCGGGUUAUGCAGUAGUUGUUUGUCUUUUGUUUCUUGUUGCUGUUAUUCUGGAGGUGCGCUUGUGGAUGACAGACUAGUAUUUUACUUAUCUCUUGUAAAUAACUAGCUACCAGCCUAGUAAUCCAUUACCUGCUUUCAUUAUA